AAAAUGUCCUAAAAGACGUUGCCAUUGAAGAAGCAAAUACUCUCUACUGUUUGCUUAUCGAACGAUUCCUAUUUCUGGAUCUUCGUUUUUUUCUUAAUUAAAUUUCUUCAAUUUAACUAAAAAUUAUAUCAGUUGUUUUAUUUAUCCAAAGUGAAAGGCGUGUUUGUGCCCCUCUGGUAGUAGCGUGCCUGCUACUUAUCCUCUCAAAAAGUAGUGACCGAAUCAUUCGAUUGCUUUCCUUGAGCUAAAAAGCAAUCCAAACACUGCCUUCUUCAACUUACUUUCUCAUUAUCUUUUAAUCCUGCUGCAAAUUUAUAACCCAUUGCUGUUAGAUCACUGUGUUUUUUUUUAUCCGCCUGCCGCCAAGUCUUUGUUGAAGAUAUAUAAAUGGCAACUUUAGGGGAUAUAGGGGUUUCUGCCGCUAUCAAUCUUCUUACUGCAUUUAUUUUCCUUUUAGCAUUUGCUAUUUUGAGGUUGCAGCCCUUUAAUGAUAGGGUUUACUUCCCAAAAUGGUAUCUUAAAGGCAUAAGAAGUAGUCCUACUCGCUCAGGGGCAUUUGUCAGGAGGUUUGUCAAUUUGGACUUUAGAUCUUACCUCAGAUUUCUAAAUUGGAUGCCUGAAGCUUUGAGAAUGCCGGAGCCUGAACUUAUUGACCAUGCUGGAUUGGAUUCUGCUGUCUACUUGCGCAUUUACUUGUUAGGACUUAAGAUUUUUGUUCCUAUUGCAUUCCUCGCUUGGGCCAUCCUGGUUCCAGUUAAUUGGACAAACAGCACCUUGGAGCUAGCACUAGCUAAUGUGACUUCCAGCGACAUUGACAAGCUUUCAAUUUCGAAUAUCCCUCUUCAUUCACAAAGAUUUUGGGCACACAUUGUGAUGGCUUAUGCCUUUACUUUUUGGACUUGCUAUGUGUUAAUGAAGGAGUAUGAGAAAGUUGCUACAAUGCGGCUGCAAUUUCUUGCCUCAGAAAAACGUCGUGCAGAUCAAUUUACAGUUCUUGUUAGAAAUGUACCACCAGAUCCUGAUGAAUCUGUCAGUGAGCUUGUGGAGCACUUUUUUCUGGUCAACCAUCCAGAUCACUAUUUAACCCAUCAGGUGGUGUACAAUGCAAACAAACUAUCUAAAUUGGUCAAAAAGAAGAAAAGUAUGCAGAACUGGCUCGACUACUAUCAACUUAAGUAUUCUAGGGAUAAAUCGCUAAGGCCUUUACUGAAGUCUGGUUUUCUUGGGCUUUGGGGAAAAAAGGUGGAUGCUAUUGAUCAUUACACAUCUGAGAUUGAGAAAUUAUCAAAAGAAAUAGUGGAAGAGCGGGAAAGAGUUGAAAAGGAUCCGAAGGCUAUCAUGCCAGCAGCAUUUGUUUCCUUCAAAACUCGAUGGGGCGCAGCUGUUUGUGCACAGACUCAGCAAUCAAGAAAUCCAACUUUGUGGUUAACAGAUUGGGCUCCGGAGCCUCGUGAUGUAUAUUGGCAUAACCUUGCCAUACCAUAUGUUUCACUUGCAAUUAGGAGGUUAAUAAUGGGUGUUGCGUUCUUUUUCCUUACCUUCUUUUUCAUGAUCCCAAUUGCAUUUGUGCAAUCUCUUGCAAGCAUUGAGGGAAUUGAGAAAAGAGCUCCCUUUCUGAAGCCCAUUAUUGAAAUAAAAUUUAUUAAAUCAGUGAUCCAAGGUUUUCUUCCUGGCAUUGCAUUGAAGCUUUUUCUGAUCUUCCUGCCAACAAUAUUGAUGAUCAUGUCUAAAUUUGAAGGGUUUGCUUCUCUGUCAUCUCUGGAAAGGAGAUCAGCAACACGAUAUUACUUUUUCAACAUUGUGAAUGUAUUCCUUGGGAGCAUAAUCACUGGAACUGCGUUUGAACAGCUGAAUUCUUUCAUCAAGCAAUCAGCUAACGACAUUCCUAAAACAAUUGGCGUGGCUAUUCCAAUGAAAGCAACUUUCUUCAUAACCUACAUAAUGGUUGACGGAUGGGCUGGAAUAGCUGGAGAAGUUUUAAUGUUGAAACCACUUAUAAUCUUCCACCUGAAAAAUUUCUUCCUGGUGAAGACUGAAAAAGACAGGGAAGAGGCGAUGCAUCCUGGAAGCCUUGGUUUCAACACUGGAGAACCUCGUAUACAAUUCUAUUUUCUAUUAGGUCUUGUAUAUGCAACAGUGACGCCAACUCUCCUCCCAUUCAUAAUAGUUUUCUUUGCCUUCGCUUAUGUUGUGUUUCGUCAUCAGAUCAUAAAUGUAUAUGACCAGGAGUAUGAGAGUGGUGCAGCAUUCUGGCCUGAUGUUCAUGGACGUGUUAUUACUGCAUUGAUAAUCUCACAGGUGCUUAUGAUUGGACUGUUGAGUACAAAGCGUGCUGCUCAGUCAACACCAUUUCUCAUUGUCCUUCCUGUACUCACUAUAUGGUUCCAUAGGUUCUGCAAAGGCCGGUAUGAACCUGCAUUUGUUAAAUAUCCACUACAGGAGGCAAUGAUGAAAGAUACCCUGGAACGCGCAAGAGAACCAAACCUGAAUUUGAAACCCUUCCUUCAAAAUGCAUAUAGGCAUCCAGUUUUUAAAAAUGAUGAUGGUGAUGAUGAUGAUGAAAAUGAUGAUAUAAGUGAGAAGUUGGAAACUGAGAGUGUCCUAGUGCCUACUAAACGCCAAUCACGGAGAAAUACACCCGUGCCCAGUAGAAUCAGCGGUGCAUCAUCACCAUCUUUGUCUGAGCUUAAGGAAAAUUCUGUGCCAUCUGCAGUGAGAAUGGCUGCUGUAAUUGCUAAGGGAGACCGCUUCAGCCGCGGUAAUGAUCGUCGGCUGGGUUUAUUAGGAAGUACCUCUAGUUUUUCAUGGUAUACAUCAAAGAAACAAGUUUCUAAUAUAUUCAAAAAGGAGCAAGGCGAUGAUGACGAGGAAUGGUCGCCUCAGACAAGAACAAAAGCUCCUUCUAAGAAAGCCAAGUUAGCUCCAAAUGUUGAAUUUUCAGAGGCCGAUGGAAUUCCAAAGAAGCAUAGGAUUUCCUUAAAUAAGAAAAGCAGUUCUCAAGAUAAAGAUUCAAAGGAUGAUUCAGAAGAUGGAAUCUCAGAAGAAUUGUGUCUUAUAAAGAUGAGAGAGCGCAAAACAGCUAGAAAUUCAUGUAGGGAGAUAAAAAGAAGCAAUCAUCACACUGAUCCUAGACGGGAAAAUGUAGAUGUUGCCAGUCCUUCUCCCUGUACUUUAAAUGAUGGUUCAGAAGAUGAGAUGUUUAUUAUGAGCUGGAAAGAGUGCAGAAGGGCUAGAAAUUCAGGUAGUGAGAUGAACAGAAUAAAUGACAAGGAUACAGGAGGAAGAAGUGUAGAUGUAGCGAAUGCAUCUCUUUGCACUUUAAAUGAUGAUUCAGAAGAUGACGACUCAGAAGGGUUGUGUACUGUGAACAUGAGAGAGUGUAAAAGAGCUAGAAAAUUAAGAAGAGGGUUAAAAAGGAGCCGUCACAAGGACGCAAGAGGGAAACGUGUAGAAUUUGUGAAUGCUUCUGUUUGUACUUUAAAGGAUGAUUCAGAGGAUGAAGUCUUAGAAGAAUCAGCAAUUAUAAACAUGAGGGAGCGUGAAAGAGCUAGAAAUUCAAGAACUCAGAUAAACAGAAGACGUCACAAGGACACAAGAAAGAGAAGUGUAGAUUUUGUGAAUGCUUCUGUUUUCACUUUAGAGGAUGAUUUGGAGGAUAAAAUCUUGGAAGAACCGGCUGUUAUAAACAUGAUGAUGGAGCACAGACGAGCUGUAAAUUCGAGUAGUGAGAGAGACAGAAGAAAUCACACGGAUGCAAGAAGGAAAAAUAUAGCUUUAGUGAAUUCUUCUCUCGGUGCUGCAUCUUCUUCAUCCACAUCUACUAGCUCAUCAGCUUCAGCCGUCAAGAGUGAUGGCAGUAGCAACAGUACAUGUGCAACAAGAAAUGUGAAGGCUAAGACAGAAGCACGCCCAAAGUGUCACCAAUGCAUGAAAUAUGAAAGGAAAAUUGUGGUUCCUUGUAGAAAGUGUAAAUGCAAAAUGUUUUGUGUCCAAUGCAUCAAGCGAUGGUAUCCUGAGAUGACAGAAGAAGAAAUUGCGGAAGAGUGUCCCUUCUGUCGCAGGAAUUGCAACUGCAAUAUUUGUCUGCAUUCCAGUGGGUUGAUUAAGACAUCAAAAAGGGACAUCACUGACAGGGAGAAGGUUCAGCAUCUACAAUAUUUGAUUAAGUCAAUGCUUCCCUUUCUGGAACAAAUCUGUGAAGAACAAACUUGUGAGAUGCAAAUUGAGGCUAGCAUUCAAGGUUCCUCCCCUGAGAUAGCAGAGAACUUCUGUAACAACGAUGAGCGUGUCUAUUGCAACCAUUGUGCAACUUCUAUAGUUGACUUCCAUCGGAGCUGUCCAAAAUGUGCUUAUGAGCUGUGUCUUGGUUGUUGUAAAGAGAUUCGUGAAGGUAGCUUGUCAAGUCAUGCCGAAAUAGAGUUGCACUAUGUAAAUCGGGGCUAUGAUUAUAUGCAUGGUGGAGAUCCACUACCUUGUGAUUCCAAAAAUCUUGAUGAUCAAAUUGAACCAUUGGUCACGUUGUGGAAUGCCAAUAAUGAUGGGAGCAUUUCUUGUGCUCCGAAAGAGAUGGGUGGUUGUGGUGAUAAUUUAUUGGAGCUUAAGCGUAUCCUUCCAAUGGGAUGGAUUUCAGAGUUGAUUUGGAAGGGAAGAGAACUGUUGAAGCUUUUUGACAACGAAAAGACAAGUUUGAUGUGUAACUACUCUGAACCAGGGAGUGACACAUUAAGAAAAGCAGCAUCCAGAGAAGGAUCCGAGGAUAAUUACUUGUUUUGUCCUGCUCUCAAUGGCAUUCAAGCAGAUCAAGAACUUCUUCGAUUUCAAAAGCAUUGGCUUAAAGGUGAACCUGUUAUUGUUCGUGAUACUCUUGAGGUAACAACUCACUUGAGCUGGGAGCCCAUGGUAAUGUGGCGUGCAUUAUGCGAAAAUGUAGACUUGGAGACAAAUGCUAAAAUGUCUGAAGUGAAGGCCAUUGAUUGUCUGGCUUCUUGUCAGGUGGAAAUUAAUACCCGCCAAUUCUUCAAGGGCUAUACGGGAGGGAGAACAUAUGAAAACUUUUGGCCAGAGAUGCUGAAGUUGAAGGAUUGGCCCCCAUCUGAUAAAUUUGAAGACCUUUUGCCUCGCCACUGUGAUGAGUUCAUCAGUGCAUUGCCUUUUCAAGAAUAUAGUGACCCCAAGGCUGGUAUCCUCAACAUUGCUGUGAAAUUUCCACCAGGCCUACUCAAACCAGACUUGGGUCCAAAAACUUACAUUGCUUAUGGCACGAAAGAAGAGCUUGGAAGAGGGGACUCUGUAACCAAACUUCACUGUGAUAUGUCAGAUGCGGUAAAUAUUUUAACACAUGCUGUGGAGGUAGCUUUAAGUGAAGAACAGAGCACUUGCAUAGAGCAGCUUAAAAUGAAACACAGUGCACAAGAUGAGAAAGAAUAUCUAGAGCGAGACAAAGUCAACAGCCAUCUCAUUGAACAACUUGAUGAGUGCAUCGACAGUUUGAGCGAAGAUAUGGAUUUAUUAAAAAUUAGAGAGACAGAAAAGCACUCCUCUGCACUUGAGACCGACAAUGAGCUAAGAGGAGACACACCCACUGAUGAGAGUACUGGAGCAGCAACAGCGGGGUCAUCUGGUGCAUUAUGGGACAUUUUUAGGAGGGAGGAUGUCCCCAAGCUAGAAGAAUAUCUUAGGAAGUACCAUAUGGAAUUCAGGCACACUUACUGCUCUCCUGUAGAAAAGGUCGUCCAUCCAAUUCAUGACCAAUGUUUUUAUUUAACUCUCGAGCAUAAAAGGAAGUUGAAGGAGGAAUAUGGGGUUGAACCUUGGACAUUUGAACAAAGAGUAGGAGAGGCCAUCUUUAUUCCUGCUGGUUGUCCACACCAAGUUAGAAAUCUCAAGUCAUGUACAAAAGUUGCUGUGGAUUUUGUCUCCCCUGAAAAUAUCCAUGAAUGCCUCCUCUUAACAGAGGAGUUCCGGCAGCUUCCGAAAAACCACAGAGCAAGAGAGGACAAACUUGAGAUCAAGAAGAUGAUCGUCUAUGCAGUUGAACAAGCCAUUAAAGAUUUACAAAAGGUAAUAUGCUCCAAGAGAAGACUGUAGAACACACCAGCUAACUUUAGCUCCUUUUUCCCAAUUUUUUUAAUUAACGAUGCCAUUCCUCGCCCUUGUCACCGUCCAAGGAUAAUGGCGACAUGUAACAGGCAGAAUUUUUGAAGAGUAGGCUGAUUUAAGAGUAUGAAUUAAUACAAGGCAUACAAGUGAAAAAAAUAAAUAAAUAGAAAAAUUUGAGUCGAAGUUGCAGCAACUUCCCAUGUUUCUGAAAGUUAGUUUACGUGAAAUGUAUUGCCUUAAAAUCCUUUGGCAGAAGACAAUAAUCCCAUUGGCCCAUCUGUUUGCCAAAAGAUAGAGGCAAGAUCUACAUUUUCAGAUGCCUCCUUUAUUUUGGAACGGCAGAUUGUCAGAAUAAGACGCCAAAACAAAGCUUGCAUAGCGGGCACAACUGAAAAUUUUCAUUUUUCAUUGUUCUUGAUUAUUGUAUGUGAUGGUGAUUUCCUUUUGAUGA